GCUUUUUAGUGGUUUUUGUUUGUCACUUUUAAAGAAUGAAAUACAAUCAAUAUACCGAUAACUUCGAUGCACUGUAUGACAUUGUUGAUAAACACACAAUACAGUUUUUGAACGAAAAUGCAGAAGCAAAAUUUGCUUUAUCGCCUAACUACAUCAGUCUUAUGAAGGAACCGUCCAUCUUUCAUGCGGAGAGCUCGAUAAGCCAGAAAUUGCUGAUUCUCGAUCUAAAGGGAAUCUUUGUCUCCCGCGGCACAACUAAGAAAAAGGAAUUGGAGUUUUAUACACGUCCUUACACUAAAGAAUUCCUUUCUUUUGCCGUCAAGAACUUUACUGUCAUGGUCUGGAGUUCCUGUAUAUCAACUUACACUAACUUUAUGUGCGAUACAAUCUUUGAUGAACUGCAUCCAGCUGGAUUAAUUCGGCCCCUCAUCGUUUGGGAUAGGUCUAACCUUGAAUUAACACCCACAGAAUUCGAGCAAAAUUUGGGUACCGUUAAGGAUUUACAGAAAGUAUGGAACGUUUUACAACAAUAUAACGCGAAAAAUACAAUUAUUAUGGAUGAUUGUUUGUUUAAAUUGCUUAGACAACCUUAUAAUGCGAUUUUAAUCAACACAUUUGAUCAUAAUGAUCUACGAAGCCCUGAUCAAGAGCUGCUAAAUAUAAUUCAAUAUUUGAAAGUGUUAAAGCAUCAGAGUAAUGUUGCUAAUUUCAUAGGGAGUAAUCCGUUUGAUCAUAAAACUAACUAUGAUGUUCAGCAGACAGCACGCGAUAUGACAAUGAUGUAUUAUUCAAGGACUUCUGUAGGACUCAACAGAAUGGUAAUAACAGUUGAAAUAGAAAAGAUGGUACAAGCCGAGGAAGCCAGACAUGCUGCAGCAAUACAAGAACAGGAAAAACGUAGAAAAAGAGCAGCAGCAAGAGUACUGAAAAAAAAGCAUGCCGCCAUUGUAAAAGCAACAGAGUCAGAACAAUUAAGAAAAACAAUAAAAUCGGCACCAUUAAAAAAACCACCCAAAGCUCGUCCAAAGGAAGUUCUGCGAGCGAUAUUCAGUCGUCCCAACACACUCAUCAAUCAGCUACAGAAAAGGUUCAUUCAAGCUCUUAAAGACGAGGUGAAAGGGGAUGUAGGGACUUUUAUGACUCAAGCAAUUCAAGACAUAGUAGAAGUCAUCGGUUCAGGUGCUGACUUUUCAUCCCCUCCAGUGCUCAAAACUGUCGAAAUGAUCUAUAAUAAUAUUAUAACUGAGCAUAGGGAACAUAUGGCAAGAAUUCAUAAAAUUGCGAAAGCAAACAUAGGAAUGAAAGAGAAUAUAUUCGACAUCAAGCAGAAGCCAAAGGAUGAGUAUUAAAAGCUUUACCUACAGCAAUCGCGUGCGUACACAAAUCCCAUCCUUAUAUAGUUUGUCAUUAUUCAACAGAAAAUUGUUAAUUUCAUCGUUAAGUGUUGAUUUUCGGUAUUAUUUAUACAACUUAUUCCUCUUACCCAACGAUUCAUUGAGAGUAUUAUUGUGAUUUUUCCUAUGCUUCUAUCUUUGUUGAAUUUUGCGAUGCUAUAGAUCUUUGAAUAAAUGCACUAGGUGGUUCCAUUACUUUUCUUACUAUAUCUUUAAAAAAAAAAAGGAGAAGAAAAAAGGACAAUCUAAUACUAAUUAUGGUACGAGAUCGGUAGAACGGAAGAAAAUCAAACAGACAGGC